AUGGGAAACAACAGUUCUCACAAGAGGACCAAAGUGCCCAAGCAGGCCUGCAAGGAGAGGCUGCCCAAUAUGGACAAGGCUGGGCAGAAACAGCAGUUCAGCCACCUCAAGCGGAAGAAGCCAAGCGCCAAGAUCGUGCUGCUUUUCCCCUUGGACAAGCGGCAGCAGCUAGCCGACGUGGCGGCGGGCCCCGGCGCGCGGCCUGGGCGGCCAGGUGAGGACGCGACGGGCGGCCCGGUGGGCUCCCCGGCGGCGGCGUCCAUGCUGCGAGGAGCGGGCGACGGCGCUGAUCGGCGCGAGGGCGCACGCGCGCGCGAGAUGAAGAUCUUGGUCCUGCUGCUGCUGGACGCGCGGCUGCAGGAGGAGGGGCGCUGCGCGGCGGGCGCGCCCGGGGGCGGGGCCGGAGCGGGGGGCGGAGCCACGGUGGCGCCGGGCUGGCAGCGGCUGUACGCGCGCCUGCUGACCGAGAGCGAGGUGGACCGCGAGGCCGACCCCGCCAAGGAGCAGCCGCGCAAGGGGCGCCGCUGCCCUCGCCCGCGGCCCUGAGCGCCCAGCGCGGUCCCCGGCCCGCGGCCCAAUAAAGAGCGCAUAGCAACCCUGGCGCCCGCUAGCUCUGUCCGAGGCGGCGCAACACGGAGCUGGGUGGGGGAAACUGAGGCCCAGAGCGAGACAGGGAUGAAAUGGGAGUAUU